AUGGCUGCCGCAGCCUGGGCGGGAACUCGCAGGGGCGGGAAGGCGGCGGCCAGCACCGCCUUUUCUCCUCCCCUCAGCAGCGGUGAGGGGAUGCAUGGCCGCGACCUCCCCUCGGGUCCCUCCAAACCCUUCCCGGUGGCAGCUGUGGAUGAUAUCCUGAAGGAUGUGCUGGGAAAUUACCUGAGGGAGCAGCCCUACGAGCCGGCCCGCUGCAGGGAGAUGGUGAAGGAUAUCGCUGAGGUGAUUAAAGCUCGGGUGAAAGACCUUAUGAUACCAAGGUACAAGAUUGUUGUGGAGACACAUAUUGGGCAGCUGAAUGAGCAGAGCAUGCAGAUCGGAAGCCGGUGCCUGUGGGAUCCUGUGUGCGAUACGUUUUCGUCGUAUGUGUUCAAGAACACUUCACUGUUUGCUCUUGCAAAUGUCUAUGCUGUCUAUUUUGAAUAA